AUGUUCAAAUUUGGAUACCUCGCUCUGUUGGCUCCUGCCGUUCUGGCAAGCGUUGUUUCUCCUCUAGGGAAACGGGAUGUUUGUGAAUCUCCUCUAACACUAUGUGGAAAAACAUGUAUUUCUCCCAUCAACAUCUGCUGCCCUGCUGCUCCAAAUGGUGAAAUCAUCGGCUGCAGAGGUGUCGAGAACUGCUGGGUAAACCCAGAUGGGUCACCGGGCUGUUGCCCUCUCUUCAGCGAGUGCGCUGGCCACAAAGCUGGCGAUGGAGUUUAUCCGACUCUUCCAUCCAUUACCUCCGCGACAACUGCUCCUACUGUGCCUCCAGUCCAGCCACCUCCAACUGUUGGUACACCAACUGCGCCUGUUCCAACCUCGAAGACUGUGCCGCCUGUUUCCGCUGUAACCCCUCCAUCUUCUCCGAAGACUACCGCGACAACUUCCCGCGUCCCCAUUCCACUGUCUACUGGCAGCCAGUCUACUCACACUGGCAAUGGCACGAUUCCUCAUCAUACUAGUACCUACCCUGCAGGCCCUAGUGUCCCUGCCUACACUGGUGCCGGAUCUACCAUGUCAACUUCCGGGACGAGUCUUCUGAUUGCUCUUUUCUUGGGGAUCAUGGUUUAA